GUUUUAUAAGGCGGACAAAAGCGAAACAAAAUGGCGGAUGGCGUGGACAUUGAUUUAUACGCAAAUAUUGAGGAUGAUUUUAACCAGGACACAGAAUUUGGUAGCCAUGGCGAUGACUUGUAUGAUGAUGUCAUCACAGCAAGUGCCAGUGGAGAUGGAUUAGAAUCAAAUAAUCACACACAGAAGCCCCCUUCGGCGACUAUAUCAGUAAGUAGUAUACCAGCCAACUAUACAGGAAAGAAGUACAAUCUCUAUGUUGGAAACCUCACAUGGUGGACGACUGAUCAAGAUCUAACGGAUGCAUUAACAACAAUUGGAGUUCACGAUUUGUUGGAAAUAAAGUUUUUUGAAAAUAGAGCUAAUGGCCAAUCUAAAGGAUUUGCCUUGGUGAUAGUGGGAUCGGACAGUUCUUCGCGUGCUAUAUUUGACAAGCUGUCUCGUAAAGAAAUCCAUGGCCAGGUGCCUCAAGUUACCCCAUACAGUCGUCAUGCACUGAAUCAGCUUGAGGCGGCCUCCAGAAAGGGAGGUGAAGGCCCACCUCAGACUAACAACAACCGAAGUUUCCAGAAUAGACAAGAACACUUUGGAGACAAGAGCCCCCGUGGUUCGCGUCCGCCACCUCCUAACAACCCAGGAAAGCCUCACUUCCAGCCACGCGGUAUGCCCAGAGGACCACCCAUAUCGAAUCAAGGACCUCCACCACAGGGACCUCCAUCAGGACCACCACCUGGAUAUGCCCCAGUCAGACCUGGUGGACCACCACCUGGCAUCCCACCCCCGGGUAGCAUGCCACCUGGAAACCCCCAAAUGCGUGGACCCCCUCCUGGCAUGCCUCGUAUGGGUCCAGGACCACCGCCCCCACUACGUGGCCCCCCUGGCAUGCAAGACCCCCGCAGACCUCCACCUGUGAGACCCGAAUGGAACCAGAGAUUACCUGAACCUAUAGAUGCUAAUGGCCAACCUCUACCCCCUGGGACUCCAUUCCAUAAUGCUGGACCGCCGCCACCACAGCCUGUACCACCCCCAGGACUGAGACCCCCAAUGUCAGGGCCACCGCAGAUGCCCCCGGUGACUGGAGGCCCACCACCUGGUCCGAUGCCUCACCCUGGCGGCCCCCCCACAACCGCUCCUCACGUGAACCCUGCUUUCUUCCCGCCACCUCACACCCGGGCUCCACCACCUGGACCUGUUGUUACUCUCCAGCCUGGAGAUCCUUACGGAAGACCACCCCCGACAGCUUAUCCCCCAUCAGACCCUUACGGCAGACCAGCAGAGAGGCAUGAGCCACCACCUCCAGCUUUGAGUGAGCAAGAAUUUGAAGAAAUAUUUCAGCGAAACAAGACUGUGUCCAGCAGUGCUAUCAACAGGGCUGUUCAAGAUGCUAGUGCAGCUGAUUUUGCCAGUGCAAUUGAGACCUUGGUUACAGCGAUUUCUUUGAUUAAACAGUCCAAGAUAGCAGGUGAUGAUCGGUGCAAGAUUCUGAUCAGCUCUCUUCAAGAUACACUUCAUGGAAUUGAAGAAAAAUCCUAUGGUUCCAAGAGUGCAAGCACCUCUCGAAGGUCACGAUCCAGGUCUAGAGAGAGAGACCGUGAGAGGGAAAAGCGAAGCCGACACCGAUCUAGAAGCAGAGAACGUGAUUAUGAAAGGAAUCGGGAGCGAGAGAGGCACUAUGAGGAGCGACACAGGUCUGACCGAGGAGAGCGCAGUGAACGAGAACGAGAACGAGAGAGGACCGAGAGAGAGUAUGCAAGCAGCAGCAGCAGCAGCCGCAGACAUUGAGCUCUUCAUGUUUUUCAGGUUAUAUAACCUUUGAUCUUCAUGUCCAUUGUGAUUGCAUCUAGUGUACUUGGCUACGAUAGCUAUUUGACUAUAACCGUUACGUUUAUUGUAAUUGUGGAUCACAUAUUUGUACGUUAAUUACCUUGCCACUGCAUUGAACAUUCGAAUCAUCAUUGGAUUGGAGACAGACUUCAUCACCUAGAUAUCUGAAUCAAGACGGAAAAAGGAAAACGAAUUCGUCGUUGGAUGCAUUUUACAGUUCAUCGAAAGUUUGGAAUAAAGUGGAUUGUGACAUCAUCUUCAAGUUUCACGCUUCGUGGAUCUUCAUGGAUUUUCAUCAUGCUUUUUAAAUCUUCAAUCGUCUAGACGUUUGAAGGUUUUUAUUAAUUGUUUUGUUUUCUUUUUUUUUAAUUCAUCAAUGUAUGGUAAUAAAAGGUUCUUAAUCACCA